AUGUCAUUUCACUUUAUACGAUCAAGCUAUCGAUCAUCAAUCUUUCAACUUGCAAAAAACUCAUCAACACCUUCAAAACAUCUUACAAAACCUUACCAAAGGACUUUUCAUACUCAAAUUAAACCAAGAAAUCAAUUACCCAAAUGGAUUGGAUUAAGUACUAUAAUCCUAAGUAUUGGUUUGAUUUCUUAUACGGUUUUUCCUACGUCGAUUCAUGAAGGCGGAUUUCCAAAAGAAAUUAAAAAGAAUCUUAGGUUUGCUUUACUUGCAGAAAAGAAUGGAGAAUUAAUCCAAUCUAAAAAGUUUUUUAAGUAUGCUUAUGAAUUAGGAAGAUUAGAAGGAAUAGAAUUGAUGAAAUUGAGUGGGAUUGGAAUUAGAUGGGGUUCUAUGUUAGAAAGCUUUGAUGAGAUUCAAGAAGCUAAAGAAGUUUAUUUAUUAGUUUUUAAAGAUUUAGAAGAUCGAAUUAGUAAUGAGAAUGGAAAUGGAAUAGAAGGAUAUCUGAAGAUGAGAAUGGUUUCGGUGGCUCAAAAAUUAGCUCAGAUUUCGAAUGAUAAAAAAUUGAUUGAAAAGUAUUUGACUUGGAGUGUUGAAGAACUUUUAAAGCUUAGUUUACCUGGAAUCGGAUCGAAUCGAUCAAGAGAAAAUGAAAAGAUUGUACUAGGUGAAAUUGAGUUACCUGAAUGGGUUAAAGGGAUCGAAUUAGGAUCUUGUUUAGAAUCACUUGGAGAUUUUUAUGCCCAGAAUGGAGAACCUGAGUAUUCUUUAACACUUUAUCUUCAAGCAUUAAGUAUUUUAUUACCACCAAAACCAAGGAAAAAAGAACCCACAGUUUUAGAAAGAUGUCAUGCAUCAAUUCUCAUGAAUAAUAUCUCACAAUUACAUCUUCAAAGAAAACCCAAGAUGAUUUCACAAUCCAAAGAAUGGUUAAAGAAGGCAUUAGAAUUGAUUCCGAUUGACGAUGAUGAUGAUGAAGUUAAUUUAAAUCAAGAAGAAAGAUUUGAAUGUUUAAAGAAUCGAAUGGUGAUUGAAGAGAAUUUAGGAAGUUUAGAAGAAAUGAUGGGAGAUUUGGUGAAAGCUAAAGAAAGGUUUUUGGUUGGAAAAGAGUUGGCUAAAGAAUUGAAGGUUGGAAGUUGGAUUGAUAGAACUGAUGAGAAUUUAAAACGAAUCGAAUUAAAACAAAUUGGUCAAAAGGAUAUUAAAACGUGA